CACCGCUAAAUUUGUUCGGUGGUUUCAGACACUAAGACACCUGUUGCCUACAAUCGUGACUACGACUGACACCUCUAAAAAUAAUUAGCGGUCUGAUUCAUUGCCACUGAAAAUGCUGCAUGUGGAGGCAGCACCUCCACCUGUCUGCACGCUGCAGCUGAUUUGAAUGACAAUGAUUCAGAGGCGUCGACCUGAAACUUCACCUCCGCGUCGACAGACUGAAGUGAGAGCGGCUCCACAACUUUCUGUUCUCCUCUAAUGGCUGCUACACAACCCUGUUUAGAUAUUAGGCCUGUCUGGAUGGAGGAGAGCUUCAACAAGGCGUAAUGGCCAAAGAGAUCAGUGGGUGGAGUACCUGCGACUACAACCACAAUGUCACUUUCUUCUACAACUUGGUGGGGAAGAAGAUCAGUGAAGAGUGGACGACGAGGGACUCUGUGGUGAUCGGACUUGGCUUGACAGUAUGUCUCAUCGUAGUCCUGGCCAACCUGCUGGUGAUGGUGGCCAUCUUCAUGAACCAACGCUUCCACUUCCCCAUCUACUAUCUCCUGGGUAACAUGGCUGCAGCAGACCUUUUCGCAGGUAUCGCCUACGUCAACUUGAUGCUGAACACAGGCCCAUGGACGAGCACGCUCACCAAGGAGCAAUGGUACAUCCGCGGGGCUUUGAUUGACAUCAGCCUGACAGCCUCAGUGGCCAACCUGCUGGCUGUCUCCGUGGAGCGUCAUCAGUCCAUCUUCACCAUGCGGCUGCACAGCACGAUGUCCAAGCGGCGUGUGGUGCUCGUGAUAGUGUGCAUCUGGGCCGUGGCUAUCAUCAUGGGUCUGGUGCCUUCGACGAUUUGGAACUGCGAGUGUGAUCUGAAAGAUUGCUCCACAGUGGCGCCGCUCUACAGUCGCCGCUUCCUUAUCUUCUGGGCAGUUCUCAACCUGCUCACAUUCUUUAUUAUGGUGGCUAUGUACACUCGUAUCUUCAUCUAUGUGAGAUACAAGAGCCGUUAUGCAUCUCGGCACACUUCAGAGAUGAGGCACAACCAGGCUGUUGUCAACCUGAUGAAAACCAUCUCCAUGGUCCUGGGCGCCUUCGUAAUCUGCUGGACACCCGGCCUCAUGACUCUGUUACUGGACGGGCUGUUGGGUAAAGACAGUAAUGCCAAUUCCUAUGAAAAGUUCUGCUUGGUGAUAGCUGAGUGCAACUCUCUGGUCAACCCCAUCAUCUAUUCUCUGCGAGAUGACGAGAUGCGCAUGACAUUCAAGUCCAUCCUGUGCUGCCUGUGUCGAAGAAAUGCCGGCCAGCAGAGGGAACGGUCACCUGUCGAGACUUUCUCACCAGAGCCAAAGGAAACUCUCGUCUGUGUCCAGAAGUCAGAAGAUCAGACUGCCUGUAUGGAAAGAAACAAUAAAGAAGACAGUUGGACAAUGCAGGGGCUAUGAUGCCUACAAUGUAAAAAAAAAAAA